UUUCAUUAUCAUUCAUUUGAGGUGGAAUCCAUUUGUAUCCAUUUUUGUCCAUUUGUACUGCUGAUAGUUCAUAUAAUCUUAGUCCGCAGCUGCGUAGCAUGCUGUUAUAAUAUUAUUCAUUUAUCUGUAUUCUUGAUGUGUUUCCAAUCAGCCCAAUAAAUAAUCGCGCUUACUUCCUUUUCUGAAGUGGUUUCGUCGGCAGAAGGCACCAUCUCAGCGAUUCCCGCAUCAAAAGACGGCCUGAAAAUGUAUUCAUGAAAAUUGCAACGUGGUUUCUUCAACCUUGUAGAAUUGAUUUCAGAUAUCGUCGGAAAGUGGUCUAAAGUUCAGGCCAUCGUUUAAGAGUCAGCCGCCGUACACCACCGUCAUAUCAAUGGAUCGCCAUUAUGACAGCAGCAUCAACGAUGCCAACGGUGAGCCGUCGGAAACCACCACCUUCCUCAAUUCACGCAGGAAAAGCUCAGUUUCUAAAGAGCGCUGGAGAAUGUUGCGGGGCUCGAAUAAGAAUAUCCCACUGGGAGUGCGGAUUGUCCAGAGAUUAUGCAUUCCUACAGUCGUGAACCGGAUCGUGUGGUAUCGUCUCUACAUUCUCGUUCUCACAUUCUUCUUCUACGCCACAUACCACCUCUCACGUCGUCCCCUGGGAAUUGCCAAGAACGUCCUCCACCGUAGUUGCUCCGAACUCCCUCCGCCACCGGUGAUCGAUCCCAACCGCAAUGGCACCUGGUGCGACUGGGCUCCCUUUGACAAGGAUAACUACCAGGAACUUUUUUCUAGUCUGGACUUCACCUAUUGGUUGGCCUAUGCGAUUGGGAUGUUCGUGGUGGGUCAUAUCGCAGAGCGUACCAAUUUGCGGAAUUUCCUGGCUUCCGGGAUGAUUAUGGCCGGAUUCUGGACGAUCUGUUUCGGACUAGCAUAUUUCUGGGAGAUUCACAGCUUCUCGUAUUUCGUGGCCGUGCAGGUAUUUGGUGGCAUCUUCCAGGCAACAGGAUGGCCCAGCGUCGUUACGCUGAUGGGAAAUUGGUUCGGGAAAAAACGGUUGGGGUUGAUUUUUGGCAUCUGGAAUUCACACACCUCGGUGGGGAACAUUCUCGGUGCGGUGAUUGCCGGCGUGUGGGUGAACGAUAAUUGGGGAUAUUCGUUUAUUGUUCCGGGGGUGAUCGUCGCUGGUGCAGGGGUAUUGGCGUAUUUGUUCGUGGUCGUUCGACCGGAAGAUGUAGAUCUACCGCCAGCGGAUCACACUGGCAGAAUUCCCGGUGCGCCUCCUGAUGUCGUGGAGAAGGAUGACCAAGUGGCAGCCUAUAGCACCGUUACGGCCGCCUCCACGAUCGACAUCGACGUGGCCGUUGUACCCCAGGAGCAUGAUCACCCCAUUUCACUUCUGAAUGCCAUCCGGAUACCCGGUGUCGUGGAGUUCUCUGUUUGUUUGUUCUUCGCUAAGGCCGUGUCCUACACCUUUCUUGUCUGGCUGCCGGUAUACAUUCACAAUGCGGUGAAUGUCACCAGCGAUGUGGCCGCCGACAUGUCCACCGUCUUCGACUUGGGCGGAAUUGUCGGGGGGAUCCUGGCGGGAUUGAUCUCGGAUCUCUCUGGCGGGAGCGCCACCGUGUGCGGUGUCAUGUUCGUCUUUGCCGCGCCGCUGCUGUAUCUGCUGUUCAUCUACGGCGCCACGAGUGCGGCGCUAAUCGCCCUGCUGUUCUUUUCUGGGCUGGUGGUCAACGGGCCGUACGCGCUUAUUACCACGGCGGUGUCCACCGAUCUCGGCACGCACCCCAGUCUGACGGGGAAUAAUAAGGCGCUGGCCACUGUGACGGCCAUCAUCGAUGGGACGGGCUCUUUGGGUGCGGCGUUUGGGCCGCUGGUGGCCGGGCUGAUUUCUGUUAAAGGCUGGGAGUCGGUGUUUUAUUAUCUGAUUGUGGCGCAAAUUGUGGCGCUGCUGUGCUUGAGCAGGUUGAUUUUCCGAGAAGUGCGGGGAUGGUUGCGACGGACGCCGGCCUGAUAACUUUGUGUUGUGUGGUAGUUUUGGCUUAUUAUGUGCAGCUUGGUUACAGACUUGCAGUUAUGUUGACCUUGGCGGCUUUUGUGAUAGAAAUGUUUCGUCCAAAAUCGCUUUUCUGGCUUUGAAUGCUCGCUCCUGUUUUUUUGUAGUAUUUUCCUGCUUAGUUCGCGAAUAAAAAUGGCAUAUCGG